UUUAACAAACGAUUAAUUAAUUUUCGAUUAAUUUUCAAAGGAAUAUAAAGGCGAAUUGACGGGAAACGAACUUUGGAGGAUACGCCACAUCUCUUGCUUCAUUGCUUUUCCGACUCUCUCUCUUUGCAGCGCCCUCCUCCUUCUCAGACUUGGUACCCUGUUCUUCAUGAAUUCGACAACAUCUGUGACAUCCGUGGUUUCCUGCAUUCCGGGAAACAAGAACAGUUUCUUUCUCUGGAUUUUAGUUUGCCUACUGCCUAAAUUUUUGGGAAAUCUUAUUGUUUACGUGGACUUCCUGCUAGUCCAGGCCAUUGAUAGGAGUCCAUCAGCAUUACGCCUCUUGUCUUUUGUUCCUUAGCUGUGCGUAAACUCGGACAUCUGCAUCACUAUCAUUGUCUUGUAACUUGACAAGUUAACAGCAUGGUGUAUUCUCAGUUCUCUGUUUUGAGUGAGAGUUGCAAAUCCUUUCAAAGCCAUUUGCUGCGUCCUGAUAACCCUCCAAAUGCUGUUCCUGCAGAUGAUGAUGAGUUUGAUUUUUCUGAUGUUUUUGGUCCUCUACCAGGGCAGUUUCCAGUCGAAGUAAAUGAAGGGAUUUUGGAAACUGCAGGUGCUGAUUUGAGCGAACUUGUUUAUGAUGACCCAGUUGUUGUGUACAGGCGAUCACAUUCUCUAGUUGGCCCUUCUGCUUGUGUUAGUCAUUCGUUGAAGCUCAGUAAGCUCUGUCUUCGAGAGACAGAGGAAGCAGAUGUCUUAGUGGAGUGUGUUAAUGGGGCAACUACUGAAGAAACUUCAGAAAUUUUAACGGAUGACGAUGUAAAGCCUUUUGAUUCCCUGAAUGAUGAUCUUUUGACAAAGGACCAAAAAGUAGGCCUUGAAGAUUUUGAGAUAAUGAAAGUGGUCGGGCAAGGUGCAUUUGGUAAGGUAUACCAGGUACUCAAGAAGGGUACUUCUGAAAUAUAUGCAAUGAAGGUCAUGCGAAAGGAUAAGAUAAUGGAGAAGAACCAUGGUGAGUAUAUGAAAGCAGAGAGGGAUAUUUUGACAAAGAUUGGUCAUCCUUUCAUUGUCCAGCUCAGAUACUCAUUUCAAACCAAAUACAGAUUGUACCUUGUGCUGGAUUUCAUAAAUGGGGGUCACCUGUUCUUUCAGCUUGAAAAACACGGUCUUUUCAGGGAAGAUCUGGCUCGUAUAUAUGCUGCGGAAAUCGUUUCUGCAGUGUCUCACCUCCACGCGAAUGGUAUAAUGCACAGGGAUCUGAAGCCCGAAAAUAUCCUACUUGAUGCAGAGGGCCAUGUUAUGUUAACUGAUUUUGGUCUUGCUAAAGAACUGGAAGAGAAUGGGAGGUCAAACUCUUUGUGUGGGACAGUGGAAUAUAUGGCACCUGAAAUUGUUCUGGCAAAGGGCCACGACAAGGCUGCGGACUGGUGGAGUGUAGGUGUCUUGAUAUUUGAGAUGCUUACUGGGCAGCCUCCUUUCUUUGGUGGUAACAGGGACAAGAUCCAGAAAAAGAUCAUAAAAGAUAAGAUCAAGCUACCAGCUUUCUUAACUAGUGAAGCGCAUUCUCUGCUGAAAGGGCUGUUACAAAAAGAGCCAAGCAGGCGUCUGGGUAGUGGAGCAACGGCAAGCGAGGAAAUAAAGCUCCAUAAGUGGUUUAAGCCAAUUGUUUGGAAGAAACUAGAAGCAAGGCAAGUUCAACCAAGCUUCCGCCCAGAAGUUGCCGGAAAGCUAUGCACUGUCAACUUUGAUAAGCGCUGGACCGACAUGCCUGUUGUUAUUUCUCCUGCUGCCAGUCCCAAUGGCAAUGGGAAUCUCCUCUUCAAGGAUUUCACAUAUGUAAGACCAGCUUCGAGUUUUCUUCAGAAGAUGAGUCCCCUGAAUGAGCGUGUUUGAUCCCCAGCUUCCUAGUGUUAUGAAAGUCUAUAUCUCCCGCCCGAUGCAUCAAUUUAAGCCCUUUGGGCAAUAUGUAUUCUCCACUUUGUGUACUUGUAUCCGAAACAAUUCUAACUUUCCCAUUCUGAAAUUCUGUGGAAACCUAAUACAAGGUUGUGCAAUUAUUAUUAUA